AUGGAAUCACCAGUAAAGCUGCUAGGGACUGCGGCGCAGGUGACUACGCUGAUACUGAAGACUCGGCCCGAGUUUUUUGAACGCAGUGCGCCUCAAGUAUUGCUCGCGGCUCGUACAGCGCUUGAGCGUCGUCUGCACGAGCUACAGGCAGUCGAAGACAGCGAUGAGGUGCGCUGGCAGCCGACGUACCAUAUGUGCGUGACGGUCACCGCUUUCAGCGACCAUCUUGCUGGUCCAUACGAAGCGUGGUUGGAAGAAGACAAGCCAACGACGAGCUUUUUGGAUGCCGUAGUGCUACCGCUGCUACAGUACCCCCACGCAUGGGUGCGUCUUGGUGCCGCCCGGCUACUAACGUCGUACUUGCGUCGCCGCCUAGCAAGUACGCUUGCGUAUGCAGCCCCGGUAAAACGUCUGCCGAGGGACGUCGUCGAGCGCUUGUGCAAUGGUGCAGCCUACCUGCAGCGCCCUGGUCGUCUGUUUGCUUGGGCCAGUGCGUUUUGCAAGUUGCUGGAAGCCCCGACACUGAGUGAUGAAGUGGCAAGCGAAGUGCUCAUAGCACUACCGUUCUUGUGUGAAGCACUUGAGACCACUGACAUUCCACAGGACGUGACUGCUGCAGUAGCUGCUGACACGGGUGUGACCGAGGAGGAAGAUGCAGACCCAACUGUCGAACCUGAAGGAGAGGGCGAGGGCGUCAAGUCAGACGACAGCGCUGCAAGCAAAGCGAAUGAAGGCGACGACGACGAGGAGUUGCAGCGUCGGGAAGCGCAAGAAAAGCACGAUGAGCAAAUGAAGGCCCGUACGCCGAUGGGCUGGUUGCUCACUCGACUGUCGUACAUGGCUCGUGGCUCGCACUGCAGCAACGAAGUGCAAGUUGUCGUGUACAAGGUGUUUGCAGCACUGCUGCACCGCCACGACGCUGCGUUCGCCAAAAAGUACGUGGUGCAACUCAUUAACCCGCUGUUCCGCUCAACGAGCAGGCUGGAAGAGCUCCAGAUCCAACGAGAGCAAGAAUUACUUCAGCUGCAGCGGACUCGCUACAAGGGUCGAGCAAGUGGUGCAUCGCUGGCGUCUACGACCCCUUCAGAGAGCGCACUGCUGGCACAAGAGGUACUGCAGCUGUUGGAGCAAAAGCUAGGAGCGGCGCCAUUCUUGGAGGCGUACGCGUUUGUGCAGCGGAAACUGGCCGCCCGUCGCGUUGCACGCAAACUUGAGCGUCGAGCCGAAGCCGUGUCCGACCCUUGUCACGCUGCUCAGCGACGCAUGCAGAAGAACGAGCAGAAACGGCGUUCAAAGCAACUGCGCAAGCGCAAACACGCGGUACUGAAAGGGUCGACGUCAGCAGCCGUGCGCCCGACAAAGGUGCUUCGUCCUGGUGCCGAGUAG